GGAAUGAGCCAAUUCACAUGAAAGAAAACAAAGAGAAGAGAUAGCAUGCGGCUCAUCCUCAUUCCACAGAAUUGACUGAAAACGGCUACUUAGUUGACUCUCAUUGAUUUAUUUUGGUGAUACAUAUCAUUAUUCGGCAAAUGAAUUAAUGGACCGCAGGGAUGUGCUGAAGGAUGAUGAGGCAGCAGAGACCAUGUCUGAAGCUGAGAGUCUAGACUCUUCUACUACAAGUCCACCCAAGAAAGAGAAAAUACUAACAGGAAGAGGGGUCACACUGAGUAUGCUCAUGAGUGAUGGGGUAGUUGAGGCUGGCAAAGAUUGUCUCUCCAUUGAAUACCUUGGGAGUAAGUUUACUGCUGACCUGAUGACUGAUGGUAGAAUAUUCUGGAGCAAAGAAAAACAGAUCUUCAACUCACCAAGUGCCUGGGCAAUUCACAUCAAAUCUAUCCUCAAUCCUGGCAAGAGAUCUGGAUGUGGUUGGGCUUCGGUUAAAUACAAUGGCAAGAAACUUGAUGUUGUCAAGUCACAAUGGUUUAGAAACAUGAAGAUUCCUUACUUGGAUGAUGACAAUGGUUCCAAUGACAACUCGAGCAUGCUGGAGAAUGGUAACCAAUCUCCUGGUUGGCCAGGUGAUGACGUCGAUGAGGAGGUUUCAGAAGAUAACAGACCCUGUCCACCGAUGUCAAAGGUCACCAAAAAUCUUAAGAGGAAACUUGGGGAUGAAAAUGAUAAUCAUAGAAUAGAUCUUCAGAGGAUGAAACUUGACAGCAGUCCUCCUAAUACCAAAGUCAUUCCAUAUUCAUCAUUAGGAAAGAAAAGUGCAAAUAAAGAUCCACAUAAAUUGGUCAGAUGUCUGUCUUUCAAAGAAAUGGGCAAGCUCCAGCCUUUUACAGUCUCCAUCACUACUAAUUGCCUUCUUAUUGUUGACUUCCAUUGUCAUCUCACUACUAGUGAGGUCAUAGGCUAUUUAGCUGGAAAGUGGGAUCCAGAAACACAGCAUAUGAGCAUUCUGCAGGCUUUCCCUUGCCGUUGUCGACUGGGUGAGAAGCAGAAUGGUGCUAGCGUUGAAAUGGAGAUCCGUCAGUCGAUGAACAGUAGAGGGCUCCAGCUCGUUGGUUGGUAUCACAGUCAUCCAUGUAGCCCCGCCCACCCGUCACUCAGUGAUAUAGAAUGUCAGAUGAACUAUCAACUCAAAUUGAAAGGAGAUGGGAUGUCGUAUCAACCUUGCGUGGCUUUUAUCUGUGCUCCAUAUAACACACACAAGGCCAUUAAAGACUCACAGUUGAAAGCUGUUUGGGUUAUGCCACCCGAAGAGGAGAAAGCCAGUCUGUAUGGUAUGCCAAUGGACAUGACUUUCACAAGACAACAGGAUAUAUUCCUCACUCAAGAAGUAUUAGCCGAGAUGAAAUACCUAGUAGAAUAUUAUAAGGACAGUUCUGAUAUGGUGCUUUUGAAUGAAACAUGGUUUGAGACGGAGACCUUUCUGGACAAAAUGAAGGGAUCACUCUCCAAGAAGUUUCCCAAGGACAGAUCAGACAAGAGGUUGCUGGAUUUCAUUGACAGCAUUCUUACAUAGCAAAUCUGGACAGGAUACAAUACAAUCUUUCUCUACACAGUUCCAAAUGUCUCCAUAGCCAGACUGCCCAGACACGUAUUACAGUGCAGAAGACUUAUGAAAUGGUGCAAGAUACAUGUACAUGUAUGAUGAGAGUAGCAGAUUUUAUAAUUUGUAUUGAAAUGAGACUUUGAGAAAAGUCAGAAAGAGAUGUUUGUCUGAAAUACCUAAUGAAGCAGAAAUUUAGAUUAACUUAUGAAGGAUGGUAGUAGUAUGUAUAUGGUGUAAGAUAUUGUGUAAAUAUGGAGUAUAUUGAAACCAUUCAUCUAUUCUAAUACUUGUGAAGUGUGUGUCUUUUAAAAAUAGUACUAAUUUUUUGAUGUUUCAUAUCUAAUUGUUGAUUCCAUUCCAAGUUGCCUUUGUAACAAAAGAAUAAAUCUAUUUAUCUUCCUAGAUGCGAUAUUUUCACCACCAUUUCAAGCACAGAGUGCAACAUUUUUAGAGAUCAAAUAUUCAUCCGUAUACAUGCAUUGAUUUGAUAUUCAAUUGAGACAUCAAAUCAAUUUGCAUGUACAUGUAAUUGUAAAAUCAGUGUUUAUCUAGAUGCUCAGGCUACCUGUUGAGGCAAUAUUUCUGACAGUUGUAUUUCAGUAGUUACGGUAAUACAGUUUAUCUGGUUGAUUGAUAUGCAGGCGAGUCUACCAAAUUCAAUUCUCUUGGAACCACAGCAAUCUGCUUGACUUAGACAAGUGAAAUUUGACUUAGAAGUGGUAACUAACAGUAUUGCACAGUCUAGUCUGAAAAAAUUCUUCCAUUCAGUUGCUUACUUGACUUUUAGAAGGUUGACUUUUGCUGACUCCCCUAUAUUUGACAGGCACAUGAACCUAUGAGAUA